AUGUCCCCGACCUACACCACUUCACCAGCCCAGCCCGCUACCGACACGUCUCUAAGCGCGCUACUCGCGUCGCAACAGAUGAACGGCCAUCCGCAGUCAAUGGACGCUCGCCAGCAAGACUAUUCACAGCAGGCGCCGCUGAAGCAAGAGUACUCCCAGCCAGGUUUGAAUUCGCCCUACGCUUCCUCGUCCUAUACCGGCAACCUUUCUGAGACCCUGUCCUCCCCAGACCAGAACCAAGCUGCCCAGUACCACCCAGACUCUGCGCGCUCUGCUUCUUUCCCCGAGUACCAGCAGCAACCCCAAGGCCAACAGCAACAACCCCAAAGACCGUACCCCGAGCAGGGCGCCCCGCGAUACCAGCAGCCAGGUGGCCACCCACACGCCGCAAUGGCUCAAUCAAGUCGGUCCUUGCCUCUUGCCAGCGCGUUGCGCGACACGCGUUCUGACUCGGCCAUUGCCAUAGAUCCCACGAUAGCUGCACACAACCCGCAAUACCCCCAGCAGCACGCAUACUCUCCCUACCCUCCCCAGCAUGAGAUGCACCAAUACCCCGGCCAGCCCGGCGCACCCAUGUACGCGCCGCGCCCCGAAUGGGGUGCCUACCACGCUCAACCUAUGCAUUAUGCGCCCGUGUCAGCCGCCGGUGGACCGCCAGGAAUGGCAGCCGCCGUCCCCAGACCUCCGCAUGGCGGCCACCCAAUGUCUACCGUAUAUUCAUUUGUACCCAUCCCAGGUGCACAGCAGCACAAGCGUCCACGUCGUCGAUAUGAGGAGAUUGAGCGCAUGUAUAAGUGCGGAUGGAAUGGCUGUGAAAAGGCAUAUGGCACGCUGAACCACCUGAAUGCCCAUGUUACUAUGCAAUCGCAUGGCGCAAAACGCACCCCCGAAGAAUUCAAAGAAAUCCGCAAGGAGUGGAAGGCCAAAAAGAAGGAGGAGGAGAACGCCCGCAAGCAGGAAGAGGAGCGCCAACGCCAGGAGGUCGGUCGCGCCGCCCAAGAAGCCGGCACCCCGACCCAGCCUGCUCCGGCACAGUACCCCCAACAACAUAUGAUGCCUCCUCAGGCCAUGAGCAGUGCUCAACUGCCACCUAUCGGCUACGCCCCUGCCGCACCACCCACUCCUCAGCAAUACACCCCGUCACAGCAACAAGUCGACGGAGCGCAGUCCUACCCAGCUGGUCAGAUGUACGCCACCAAUGGAGGCUACCCUCAAAGCCCGUAUGCCCAGGGCGGCCAAAUCUACCAGCAACGUUAG